AUGCACAUUGCACUCACGCUCGCCGCCGUCGCGGCGGUCGUGCCCGCCCUUGCAGACGUUGCCGCCGACAAGCGCGCCGAGGCCCGUCAAGAGCUCGCAUACGAGGUCCAUGACGCCCGCGCAGCCUACCUCGCCUCGCCACAGGCCAAGCGCGACGCUCUCGAGUACCGCGAGGCCGUCACCAACAGCGCCGUCGCCAACUCGACCGAGCUCCUUAUCGGUGGCGGCUCGAGCUAUGCUCCUUACAAGGUCGACUGCCCCAGCGACGUGACCUGGAUUCGCUCAGCCCGCGAGGGUCUGGGUACCAAGGAGAAGGCCUACCUCGCCCAGCGUGCGUCGACCAUUGAGAGCACCGUCGCGACGAUGAUGGCCGCCAACGGCCUCGCCGCCCCUCCUCGCGCUCCCGUUCUCGGCAUGUCGCUCUCUGGUGGUGGCUACCGUGCCAUGAUCAACGGUCUGGGCAUGGCCAUGGCCACCAUGAACGGUUCCUCCGAGGCUGCCGCUUCAGGUGUGGGUGGUUGGAUGGAUGCCAUGUCGUACAUGACUGGUCUUUCGGGUGGCUCGUGGGCCACUGGUUCGUUUGUGGCCAACGACGGCAUGCUCCCCACCGACCUCAUCAACCAGGUCUGGAACCUCGAAUCGAACCUCAUCGUCCCGUCGAGCGGCAAGGUUUCGUUCUACUAUGACCUGGUUUCCGAAGUCGGUGCCAAGGCGGACGAGGGCUUCCCUACUCAGAUCACCGACUACUGGGGUCUCGCUCUCGGCGACCACCUUCUGCCCUCGCAGUACCACCUGGACAACUCACCCAACGUCACCAUUGACCUUCUGCCCAACAUUUCGUCCAACUUUGCCAACGCCAUGCUCCCCUUCCCCAUUAUCAUCGCCGCCGAGCGUGAGACCAACACUACUGUCCUCGCUACCAACGCCACCUUCUGGGAGUUUACUCCAUUCGAGUUUGGCGCAUGGGCUGUUGGCUUUGACAACCUCACUGCUGGCUACUUUACUCCCAUCGAGUACCUGGGCACCGCGUUUGCUGCCGGCAGCCCCAACGGUACCUGCUACAAGGGCUUUGACCAGAUGAGCUUCGUCAUGGGUACCUCGUCGACUCUGUUCAACUAUGCGCUCAUCGAGCUUGGAAAUGACACCGACUCGUCGGUCCUCGUGUCAGCCAUUGAUAACAUCCUGAGCGGCCUCUCGGCCGCCAACGACGACGUGUCGUCGGUCCCCAACCCCUUCCAGGGCUACACCAAUGGCACCGACACCAACCCCCUCGCCGACCUCGAGUACCUCACUCUCUUUGACGCCGGUGAGAUCAACCAGAACCUGCCCCUCGACCCUCUCCUCAUGCCCGGACGUAACGUCGAUGCCAUUCUCGCCUUUGACAACUCGGCCGACACGACCUACUCUUGGCCCAACGGCACUGCCAUGACCGUUUCGUACGAGCGUGGCCUCGCCUUCCAGCAGCAGUACAACGUCGACAGCAUUCGCAUGCCUCCGGUUCCUUCCAUCAACGGCUUCGUCAACGGCGGUCUCAACACCCGCCCCGUGUUCUUUGGCUGUAACGAGACCGACACCCCCGUCAUCAUCUACGUUCCCAACUACCCGUGGUCGUACUACGCCAACUCGUCGACGUACAAGAUGGCCUACGAUAACGACACCGCCCACGCCCAGAUGGAGUCCUCGAUGCGCUCGCUUACUCUCAACGGCACCGUCGAGUCGUGGCCCAAGUGCCUGGCCUGCGCCUUCACCGACCGCGCGUUCGGCUACACCUCGGAGAACCGCUCGUCCGAGUGUGCCGAGUGCUUCAGCACUUGGUGCUGGGACGGCACUGACAACGACACGACCCCCAGCGGCAACUACACCCCCCUCGCCGGUGUCACCCCUACUUUCCUUGUCGAGAACAACCUCUCGUCCUCGGUCCAGACUAGCGCCAUCUCCGUUGCCUCGUCGUCCGCGUCGGGUACCACCGCUGUUUUCAGCGGCAACGGUCUCACCAUCGCCGCCAUGGUCGCCUGUGCGCUCAUCGGUGGCGUUGCCACCCUCAGCUAA